AUGGUAUCGCUGGUGCAUCUGAGUGUCAAGGAGGAUGAAAUUCAGCAGAUGAAUGCUCCAGAGUUUGAAAUGAUUGAAGACAUGGCAACACUGACUCACCUCAAUGAAGCAUCUGUGUUGCAUGCCCUGAGGAGGCGCUAUGACCAUUGGAUGAUCUAUGUACGUACAUAUUCAGGGCUCUCCUGUGUGAGCAUCAACCCUCACAAGCAGCUUCCAGUGUAUCACAAAGCAGUGGCGGCAGCCUAUAAAGGCAGGAGGCGAUCAGACGCUCCCCCUCACAUCUUCGCUGUGGCCAGUAAUGCCUUUCAGGAUAUGCUUCACAGUCGAGAGAAUCAGUCUAUACUCUUCACAGGAGAAUCUGGUGCUGGAAAGACAGUGAACACCAAACAUAUUAUCCAGUAUUUUGCCACUGUAGCAACCACGGGUGAAUCCAAGGAAAAGCUGGAAACUCUACAAGAUCAAAUCAAACAAGUGAAUCCUGUCUUGGAAGCAUUUGGAAAUGCCAAAACCCUGAGAAAUGACAACUCUUCUCGUUUUGGCAAGUUCAUCAGGAUGCACUUUUGUGCCAGAGGCAAGCUGUCAUCUGCAGAUAUCGACAUCUAUUUGCUUGAAAAAUCCAGGGUGAUUUUCCAGCAGCCCGGAGAGAGGAACUACCACAUAUUCUAUCAAAUUCUGUCUGGAAAAAAAGAACUUCGUGAUAUGUGCCUGGUGUCUGAAAAUCCCUCUGACUUUCACUUUUGCUCUCAUGGAACAGUUGCUGUGGAGAGCUUGGAUGAUGCUGAAGAACUGCUGGCCACGGAUCAAGCCAUGGACAUCUUAGGCUUUCUUUCUGAUGAGAAGUAUGGAUCUUAUAAACUCACUGGAGCCAUCCUGCACUUUGGAAACAUGAAAUUUAAGCAGAAACCCAGAGAAGACCAAGUGGAAGCAGAUGGCACAGAAAAUGCUGGCAAGGCUGCUUUCCUCAUGGGCAUUAACUCCUCUGAGCUAGUGAAGGGCUUGAUCCAUCCUAGAAUCAAAGUUGGUAAUGAAUAUGUUACUAGAAGUCAAAAUGUAGAACAGGUGACCUAUGCUGUUGGUGCCUUGUCUAAGUCAAUCUAUGAGAGAAUGUUUAAGUGGCUGGUGGCACGUAUCAACAGGGUCCUGGACGCCAAGCUGUCAAGACAAUUCUUCAUUGGCAUUCUUGACAUCACUGGUUUUGAGAUGCUUGAUUAUAACAGUCUUGAACAACUUUGCAUUAAUUUUACCAAUGAAAAGUUACAACAGUUCUUCAAUCAGCAUACGUUGGUUUUGGAGCAAGAGGAAUAUAGGAGAGAAGGCAUUGACUGGGUGUCCAUCGACUCUGGCCUGGAUUUGCAAGCCUGUGUGGAUCUUGUUGAGAAGCCAAUGGGCAUCUUUUCCAUCCUUGAAGAAGAAUGUAUGUUUCAUCAGGCUACAGAUGUGACUUUCAAGACCAAACUUUUCGACAACCAUUUUGGAAAGUCGGUUCAUUUCCAGAAGCCCAAGGCUGACAAUAAGGAGAAAUAUGAAGCUCACUUUGAACUUGUCCAUUAUGCAGGAGUGGUGCCUUAUAACAUCAGUGGCUGGCUUGAAAAGAACAAAGACUUUCUUAAUGAAACAGUGGUGGCUAUAUUUCAGAAGUCAUCCAACAGACUCCUGGCAAAUCUUUUUGAAAAUUACAUCAGUACCAACACUGCUCUACAGUUUGGGGAGAAGAAACGCAAGAAAGGAGCUUCGUUUCAAAUGGUUGCAUCUCUGCAUAAAGAAAACCUAAAUAAAUUAAUGACUAACCUGAAAUCAACUGCACCUCAUUUUGUGAGAUGCAUAAAUCCCAAUGUGAACAAAACCCCAGGUGUAAUGGACCCUUAUUUGGUUCUACAGCAGCUGCGCUGUAAUGGUGUCGUAGAAGGGAUCAGGAUAUGCCGUGAAGGUUUUCCACACCGACUGCUGUAUGCUGAUUUUAAGCAAAGGUACUACAUUCUGAACCCAAGGGUGUUUCCAAAGAGCAAAUUUGCAAGCAACAGAAAAGCAGCUGAAGAAUUACUUGACUCCUUAGAGACAGACCAUACCCAGUACCGCUUUGGAAUCACUAAGGUGCUUUUAAAAGCUGGUUUUCUGGGCAAACUGGAAGCCAUGAGAGACGAGAGAUUAUCAAAAGUCUUCACAUUGUUCCAAGCCAGAGUACGGGGAAAACUGACGCAAAUGAAAUUCCAAAGGAUCCUGGAAGAGAGGGAUGCACUUCUUUUGAUCCAGUGGAACAUAAGAGCUUUCAUGGCUGUGAAGAGCUGGCCUUGGAUGAGGCUCUUCUUCGAGAUCAAGCCUCUUGUUAGAUCUGCUGGAAUGGGAAAGGAGGGAGCUAGACUGAAGGAAGAGUGUAUGCAGCUGCAAAAAGCCUUGGAGAAGUCAGAAUUUCAGAGGGAGGAGCUGAAAUCAAAGCAAGUCUCCCUCCUCCAGGAAAAGAAUGACCUGCUUCUUCAGCUGCAGGCUGAGCGAGAGACCCUGGCAAAUGUUGAAGAGCAGUGCGAGCUGCUGAUUAAAUCCAAGAUCCAGCUGGAGGCCAGCGUCAAGGCGCUGUCUGCGCGGGUGGAGGAAGAAGAGGAGAUAAAUUCCAAGCUGACUGCCAGGGGGCAGAAACUUGAAGAUGAAUGUUCUGAGUUGAAGAAAGAAAUCGAUGACCUGGAAACGCUAUUGGCGAAGUCGCAGAAGGAGAAGCACGCUACAGAGCUCAAGGUCAAGAACCUGACUGAGGAGGUGGAGUCUCUCAAUGAGGAUGUGAGCAAACUGCAUCGAGCAGCCAGGGCUGCACAGGAGACCCACCAGCAGACCCUGGAGGACUUGCACAAUGAGGAGGAGAAACUCCACACCCUGAGCAAGGCCAAGUUGACACUGGAGCAGCGAGUGAAUGAGCUUGAGGGUGCCCUUGAGCAGGAGAGCAAAGCGAGAAUGAACUGUGAGAAGGAAAAGUGCAAAGUGGAGGGCGAGUUAAAGCUGAACCAGGAGAGCAUGGAGGACCUGGAGAGCAGGCAACUGCAACUAGCAGAAAAGCUGAGGAGGAAAGAAUUAGAAAUGAAUCAGAUGAGGUCAAAGGUGGAGAAUGAGAAAAACCUGGUGGCUCAGCUGCAGAAGAUGGUUAAAGAGUUCCAGACUCAGAUACAACUUUUGAAAGAAGAAUUGGAAGCUGAAAGGACCACUCGAGCCAAGGUAGAGAGGGAGAGAGCUAACCUCAUCCGAGAGCUGGAAGACAUGAAUGAGAGGCUGGAGGAGGCAGGAGGUGUCAGUUCGGCUCAGCUGGAGAUAACUAAGAAACAAGAAACAAAAUUCCAGAGGCUCCGCCGAGACCUGGAAGAGGCCACACUGCACUUUGAGGCAACCUCUGCCUCUUUGAAGAAGAGACACGCAGAUAGCCUGGCUGAGCUGGAGAGCAAGGUAGAAAAUUUACAACAGGUCAAGCAGACACUGGAAAAAGACAAGAGUGACCUGCAGCUGGAAGUGAACGAUCUCCUGACCCAAGUUGAACAGAUGACCAGAGCUAAGGCUAAUGCUGAGAAGCUCUGUAGUCUGUAUGAGGAACGCUUGAAAGAAGCAAAUGCAAAACUGGAUGAAGUGACUCAAUUAGCAAAUGACGUGACAGCGCAGAAGACAAAGCUACGGAGUGAGAACGGUGAGUUCCGAAAAAGGCUGGAAGAAAAGGAAGCUCUGAUAAACCAACUUUCCAGGGAAAAGAGUAUCUUCACUCUGCAGAUUCAAGACCUGAAAGGGCAACUGGCAGAAGAAACCAAAUCACAGAGUGCCCUGGCCCAGGCUGUGAAGUCGGCCAAGCGUGAUUGUGACCUUCUACGAGAGCAGUACGAGGAAGAGCAAGCGGCCAAGGCUGAGCUGCUGCAGGCCCUGCUCAAAGGCAAUGCUGAAAUGGUGAAGUGGAGGACCAAGUACGAGGAUGACACCAUCCAGCGUGCUGAGGACUUGGAGGAUGCCAAGAAGAAGCUGGCACUUCGGUUGCAGGAGGCUGCCGAAGCCAUGGGGGUGGCCAAUGCCAGAAACGCCUCCCUGGAGAGGGCCAGGCUCCGACUGCAGCUGGAGCUCGGGGACACCCUGUCUGAUCUCGGGCAGGCGCGGUCUGCGGCUGCCGCGCUCAACCAGAAGCAGCAGCAUUUUGACAAGUGCCUGGACGACUGGAGGCAGAAGCACGAGGAGUCCCAGGCAAUGCUGGAUGCCUCAAAAAAGGAGGCCCGCGCCCUCAGCAUCCAGCUCCUGGAGCUCAGGCACAGCUACGAGGAGAGCACCAUGAGCCAGGAGGCCCUGCGGAGGGAGAAUAAGCACCUGAAAGAGGAGAUUUCUAAUCUGACAAAUCAGGUGAGAGAAGGAAAGAAGAACUUAAGUAAAAUGGAAAAGGUCAAGAAACAGAUUGAACAAGAAAAGACUGAAGUUCAGAUGGCACUGGAAGAGGCUGAGGGAGCUCUGGAGCGUAAUGAAAGCAAGGUUCUUCGUUUGCAGCUUGAACUCUCGGAAACUAAAGCAGAACUUGAAAGGAAGCUUUCAGAGAAAGAUGAAGAAAUAGAAAAUUUUAGGAGGAAGCAGCAGUGUGCUAUUGACUCCCUGCAGUCGAGUCUGGAUUCUGAAGCUCGUUGCAGAAUUGAGGCCACCCGGCUGAAGAGGAGCAUGGAAGGAGACCUCACUGAGAUGGAGCUCCAGCUUAGCUGUGCCAGCCGGCAGGCAUCAGAGGCCACCAAGUCCCUGGGCCAGCUCCAAACCCAGAUCAAGGAACUGCAGGUGCAGGUGGAUGACAGCAGAUGCCUGAACAGCGAGCUGAAGGAGCAGGUGGCGGUGGCCGAGCGGCGCAAUGCUCUUCUCCAGGCUGAAGUCGAGGAGCUAAGGUCCUUGCAGGAGCAGACAGAGCGUAGUCGCAGGCUGGCAGAAGAGGAGCUCCUGGAAGCUACAGAAAAAAUCAAUCUUUUCCAUGCCCAGAACACGAGUCUCCUCGGCCAGAAGAAGAAACUGGAGGUGGAUGUAGCCAGGAUGCAGAAGGAAACUGAGGAGGCGAUGCAGGGGUGUCAAAAUGCGGAAGAGAAGGCCAAGAAGGCAGCCACCGAGGUAGCAGACAUGUCAGAAGCACUGAAGAAGGAGCAGGAUACUAAUGCCCACUUGGAAAGGAUGAGAAAGAACAUGGAGCAGACAAUUAAAGACUUACAAGAGAGGUUGAAUGAUGCUGAGCAGACGGCCAUAAUGGGGAACAGAAAGCAAAUCCAAAAACUAGAAUCCAGGGUUCGUGAACUGGAGGCUGAACUGGAGAGUGAAGUCCGACGUAACUUGGAGGCCCAGAGGGGAGCCCACAGGCUUGAGCGGUGCAUCAAGGAGCUGACCCGUCAGGUAGAGGAAGAUAAGAAAAAUAUGAGCAGGAUGCAGACUCUGAUGGAUAAUCUUCAGCUAAAAGUACAAAGUUACAAGCAGCAAAUCGAGGCAGUGGAAGCAGAAGCUAGUCAAUACCUUUCCAAGUAUAAGAAGCAGCAACACGAGUUGAAUGAAGCUAAGGAAAGAGCAGAGAUAGCCGAAUCUCAAGUCACUAAACUCAAGAUGAAAGCAAAAGAGUUUGGGGAAAAGGUGCGUCAGGUAUUCAGUUCUGCUGUAACUUUUAAAGCAUUGGUGUUUCAGGCUCAUGUCAUCACAUGGAAAAGUGUUUCUUCAGAGGCUUUUAAAAACACUGGAAAACAGCUUCUGAUAAAAUCUUCCCAUGUUUAGCAAUUCUACUUGUCUGGGUAGUAUGAGACAAGGAAGCAUGUGAGUGGGGUGCGCACUGCAUUAUGCUUCUCAAAUGCUUAAUUCUAGGAUAAUGUGCAGGUUCUGAGCUCCUGGGUCUAGAUUCAUGUGGGCAGGACAGUCAGGCGUCCAAGGGGAAAAGAUGAUUAAAGAAGCACAGAUGGAUCUGCUUGAAAUUCUAGGCAAACUCUUCUGUGGUGGGCAAGCGUCACACUGAUGUGGAGACCCCGGGGGACAGGUUGAAAGUGGAGGCCAUGAAGAACAAAUGCAAGGGUCUCGCUUUCUGGGUUCUUCCCUGAAACAGAGAAAGGAACUCUCUACAUCUGUGUCCACGGAAAUUCUGUUCCAAUAGUAGGGGCCACUGCCCUAAUUUUCCUGGAAAGUGACAGAGAACAUGGAGCUGUAGGCUUGGCAGGGCCAGUAUCUUAGUCUGUUCAGAGAUGUCACGCCAGAGAUGGAGUGGCUUACAAACUGCAAACACUUCUCACAGGCCUGAAGGCUGUGAAGUCCAGGGUCAUGGAGCUGGCAGAUUUGGAAUCAGGUGAGGGCUACUUCCUUAUAGACAACCCUCUUCCCACUGUAACCUCAUAUGGUAGAAAGAAGGGAAGAAGCUCUCUGGAGUCUGUUUUCCUUAAGGACGUUACUUCCAGGCAUGAGGACUCAAUCUCAUGACCUAAUCCCUUCACAGAGGCCUCAGCUCCUAAUACCAUCACCGCUGGGGUUAGGAAUUCAACAUGUGAAUUUUGUCGGGGGACAGAAACAUUCAUACUAUGUCAGUGAGUUCAGCUUCCUCACUGAGACUGUUACCAGAAACAGUUGUUAAAUGAGAUCUGGCUUUAGGAGAAGCAAAUUAAAAGAGGUUGUAUACACUCCAUAGAAUGCCUACAGAGCACUUAGCACAGGCACCACCAUUUCAGUUUUUAAAAUGAACUGCUGGUAAACUUUUUUAGUAAAGUUUUUAAAAUGAAUUACAGGAGGUCAAAGGAUCUCUUGAAGAAGAGACUAAAAGUUGGUCAUAUUGAAUAUAUUUGGAUCCAAAUAUGAAAAAUAUGAGACUUUUGCAGGCUCUAUACGUUUCUUAUUGAUGAGCAAAUAGUCUCAGGGAGAAGGCCUAUAUUGAGAGGUCCAGCUAAGUGGUUUGAACUCUGGCCUAAAUCUGCAAAGUGUUACAGCGUGGGAUUGGGGUCUUCUGUGUGGAAGCUGCCCAGCAACCCCCUGUGAUGGAUUUGUUUAGGGAAAUGCUUCGCACAUGCUACAAUUGCACUCAGCUGCAUGAGGUCGGAGGGCCUCGGAAACAGAUGUAAUGCUUUCGACUUUGUCACAGUUAUUUCCAACAAAGAAUAAAAUGAGUGAAGCAGAAAUUGCUUCUGAGAGGCCAGAGAUGAAUAGGAAAAUCAUCCUUGGCAAUGCAAUGACUAAUUGUUUCCCAUUCACAGAAGGAGAGCCUGAACAUCUCUCCACUGUCAUAAACCAAAGGAAAAAGGUUUUCUGAUAGAAUUGUGCAUCAGGUCUGGGGAGCGAAUUGGUGAUGCAUGUCAUCUCUCCCUUCUGGGGUCUUCUCCAGAGGGUGCUGCCUUUACUGGCAAUGCAAGGCGGGCAGAAAAUUGAGUGACUAAGCACGCCCUUGCGGUGAAUUACUGGGGUCUGCUUUCUCUCAUGCAGAUAAUUGCCUCAAUUCCCUGCCUCCCUUUGAAGCUAAUGAAGAGUUGGCUAAGGCCUGCUUAUGACUGGAAAGGCCUGGGCUUCAUUCUGGGUGUAUGUCCCACUGAUGAAAGUCACAGGAAUCUCAUAGAACAUGCUGAUACUCUAUU